AUGGCCCUUAAGGGAGCAGGGUCUUUAAACGAGCAAUCAGUUGCUUUAAUAACAAGCGAAAAAGAAAAAAUCAAUCAAAUUAGAAGCUUUGAAGACUCCCAUCAUUAUAUUAAUUUUUCAAGGUCUCAAAAUCCAUGCCUAUCAUUGGUAGACACUAGAUUAUCAACAUUGGUCUUAGAAUAUAACCCAAGCACGAUCCAACAUAUAGCUGGUUUUUUUGAUUUAUGUAGUUUAAUGGUUUCAAAAACAGAUAUUUCAGGGUUCAAUUUACAAAUAGCCUCAAUCAUGUCAUCAUUCUUACCAACCAACAUUAAAAAUCUUUCAUUUGAAAGAGAGACUGCAUUAAAGGAAAAACUUGCAAUGACAUUUUCAAACAGUACUGUUCUAAAUGAAACCUUUAGGAUUCAAAACGUAAAAAGUGUUAAAAGAUAUUUAACAAUUUCUGUAACUAAUAAAACCUUCAAUGCAUGCAGAAUUUUUGCCUUUAGUGAUGUCAAAAAGGGAUUCUCAAUUUCAAAUUUGAAUUAUCUAUUCUAUUGA